CGGGCGGCCGCUCCCCUCGCUGGCAGUGCUCGCUAAGAUGGCGGACUUCCUGCCGUCGCGCUCCGUGCUGUCGGGCUGCUUUCCCGGCUGCCUGCUCACCAGCGGCGAGGCCGAGCAGCAGCGCAAGUCCAAGGAGAUCGACAAGUGCCUCAACCGCGAGAAGACCUACGUGAAGCGCCUCGUCAAGAUCCUGCUGCUGGGCGCGGGCGAGAGCGGCAAGUCCACCUUCCUCAAGCAGAUGCGGAUCAUCCACGGGCAGGACUGGGACCGGGCGGCCCGCGAGGAGUUCCGCGCCACCAUCUACAGCAACGUGAUCAAGGGUGUGAGAGUCCUCGUAGAUGCCAGAGAGAAACUUCAUAUUCCUUGGGGAGAUCCUGCCAACCAGAGUAAUGGAGACACGAUGAUGGCUUUUGAUACGCGGUCAGUCGCAGUGGUGCAAGGAAUGGUGGAGACGGCAGUUUUUUUACAGUACCUUCCAGCCAUCAGAGCCCUGUGGGCAGAUAGUGGUAUCCAGCAUGCAUACGACAGGCGCAGAGAAUUCCAGCUGGGGGAAUCUGUAAAAUACUUCUUGGACAACUUGGAUAAACUUGGAGAACAAGAUUAUCUUCCAUCACAGCAAGAUAUUCUGCUGGCACGAAGACCUACAAAAGGGAUUCAUGAGUACAAUUUUGAAAUAAAAAAUGUUCCUUUCAAAAUGGUUGAUGUAGGUGGCCAAAGGUCAGAACGGAAACGAUGGUUUGAAUGCUUCGACAGUGUCACAUCAAUACUCUUCCUUGUUUCCUCAAGUGAAUUUGACCAAGUGCUUAUGGAGGAUCGGCAAACAAAUCGCCUUACAGAGUCUCUGAACAUUUUUGAAACAAUAGUCAAUAACCGGGUUUUCAGCAACGUCUCCAUCAUUCUCUUCUUAAAUAAGACAGACUUGCUUGAGGAAAAAGUACAAAAAGUGAGCAUCAAAGACUAUUUUCCAGAGUUCGAAGGGGAUCCCCACUGCUUAACAGAUGUCCAAAAAUUCCUAGUGGAUUGUUUUCGUACCAAACGCCGGGACCAGCAGCAGAAGCCCCUCUACCACCACUUCACCACUGCUAUUAACACAGAAAAUAUCCGGCUAGUUUUCCGUGAUGUCAAGGAUACUAUCCUUCAUGAUAACCUCAAGCAGCUUAUGCUACAGUGAUGUGCAAAAAGACAUUUUUAUUUGAAUAACUUUGUGUUGUUUUUAACUAGAAGUUUACAGCAGGAGUAGAGAAAUCCAGAUCCUGUCAGACUUCUUGAUAUCUGGCUAAAAGCUGCUGCUGAACACAUUUUUGCCAACUUCUGCCGAAAUUCAGGCUUAAUCUCUUCCAGUGUAGCUUCAAGUUGACUCAAGUUGUUGUUUUAUAGCAGACCUGUGUCUAAGUUACCUGUAAAGUGAUUAAAUUUGAUAUUUUAAGAACAUGUACGCUAAAAAAAAAAAAAAAAAAAAAACCACACACCAAACUAGAAAACUCAUUCCACUCUCAGAAUCCUAAUUCCAGACUUCGGUGAAAUUGUUGCAAUUGUUAGAUUUUGGCAGUAAUUAAAAAAAAAAAAAAAAGAAACUUUUCACAUCUAAUUUCAUAAAGAAGACUGUGAUUCCGUAGCUGACUUAUGCUUUCUCAGGUCUUUUGUUGGUUAGAAAUUCCAUAAAUCCCUUGCUGGAAUCAUCUGUUUGAAGCUAGGAUACCUGGUGUAAUGUACUUGCUAUUUAAAUAUAAACUUUGCAUAGGUUUUGAUUAGGACAUGAUUUAAAAAUACUUUGGGAACUUCAGACAUAUCUGGCAGGAAGUACUAAUGCAGGCAAAAGUCUAAUGACUAGGAAUUAGUAAAUGGCACAUCACACUCUUUCACUCUAUUGCAUUUUUAAGUACUCUACAUCUUAGAGCCAUGACAAAGCACAGAGCACUAUGAUACAGUUCUCUUGAAAUUCUGAUGUGGGAAGAGGGAACAAGCUAAACUUGUAUUUCUUAUUUCCACUAACCAGAUGUUACAUGUAGGUACCUUACUUGUUCUUGAAGUGCUUUAAUAUAUCACUGGGGUUUUUUUGUUUUGUUUUUGCUUUCUUUGUAACUUAAUACAACGUGCCUAUUCUUUAUCAGUAAGCAUUUGGUGAUGGAUAGAAGUACUUGCAAACCUAAGUGCCUCUUUGUGUUCUGUCCUCCUACAGUAUUUUCAGUGGCCUUAUGUGAGCAUGUGUGUUCCCAGCAGAGGCCUUGUGUAGCUACCACCACUGAGAUGAAUGUUUUUGGAGAAAAAAAAAAGUCACAGCAGAAUAUGCUUCAAGUGACAAAAUUCUCUCAGACUUUCCAGUUCGAUCUAGAAAUCCUAAGUGUACUUGAGCCAAAUAUGUUGCACAACAUACUGUAGAGUACUGCUUGUGACUAAUAAUAUUUUACCAAAAGUUCCAUUGCAGUUUUUUUCCUCCUCUCCCCUUUUUAGGGCAGAAGGGCUUUAAUCACUGUGUGACAAAAAAUACUCUUUAAACAGAUAUACACCACACAGAGUACUACUAAGUAAGAGUAAGCUUACCAACUUGCAUUUUAAAAAGUAGUGCUGCUACCAGGUUUGCUCCAGACUGAAGUUCCAUUAGGCUGUUCUGCUUGCCAUUUUGCUCCAUGGAAAUGGCCAAUUCCUGUGGAUGAUGAUGCUGGCCAUAUUUUCUUAAAUGGGUUUUUAUAAUACAUAUGUGGCAAGGAGUGUGACAUAAUAUUAAAACUGCUUUGAGCAGUAUCUCUGCAAGUGUGAUAAUAUUGCUAGAACAUGGGAAAGCUGCCUGUUUUCUGAACUUAGCCUUUUAUUUACUGUGAUUGUAAGUUAUAUUAACAUCUCUGUACCUCAUUCUCCUUUCAGUAGAAGGGGAAUAGUGUAUGUGUACUUUAGUUAAGUGCUUUGAAAUACCUUUGUUUUUUGAUAUUGUCCAAUGCAUAGUCAAAGGUUUUAAACGUUACUGCAUGAUUUGUGUGGUGAGGCGCUGUUUCUGGGAGGAAAGAAUUCUGGAAAGAGCCUGGGAGAAGUCAUAGUGCAUAAUCUUCUAAACAUAAAGUCUGGGUGCAGCAAGGAUGUCAGAGGGUUAGUAUGAUCUUCGGAUGGGGAUAUUUCAUGUAGAUUUUACCUCCUUAUUAGGCAAGGGUAUGAUUACUUUUGGUUUGAUGUCUUCAGUUCCUGUAUGAGCAAUUGAAGAAGGAUGACUGACUACAGAUAUCAAGAGAUUAAUGAGGAUUUAUAAAAGAUUGGACAGCAUGCCUGUAGUGGAGGUUAAAAAGUUCUCUUGUUUAUUACUGCUUUGAAGAAAGAUUACGGGUUGAUUUGGUUGAGCUAUAAAUGUUAGGUCAGCAGGCAACAAACCUUUGUCUAAUAGCCUCAAAAGUGUAUGACAAAGUCCACUGUCUGGCACUUGAACAAAUCCACACCCUUUUAGAGAUGACAACUAACCGUUGGAACAAAUCAGUGAGAGUAGUACUAGGCUAUUUUCCUAUUGCUGACGGUUGUUUGAACAAGUUCCUUAUAAAGGAGACUGUCUGCUCUGUGUAAAAUAAGAAUUAAUUCGGAGAGGGUUUGUUGUAUGUGUUUGGCAGGAUGGCAGACCAGUGAUUAAAAAGAAGACUUGAGACUGGAUAUUGGAUGAUAUGAAGAUUAUGAAGAAUAUGCCUAUCUAAACAAAUUUAUUUAUGUAAAAUGCCAUUUUUUUUUUUUACGUGAAGAGACCUGAUAAUUUGCUCAAGAUCCUCAAAACUGAUCUCAUUCUAAGGAUGUUGUCAGUAUUCCCAAGGCGCUGGACAUUCCUGACAUGAGCUAAAGUCAAUAAUGUAUUCAACCGGCUUUUCCCCAAACCAAGAUCUCUGCCCCAAACCCUGUCCCCCCCCCAAAAAAAAAAAUUAAAAGAAAACACAAAAACCUGUUUUUAAUAAGUGCAGGUUGCUUUCCCUGUGAAUGCUGGGGCCUGCAGCUAGCAAGGUGGAACCAGCAGCUGUGGGUCAAUUGUGACAAAGUAGGUCCUGGUACGUAAGUACUUGAAUCUCAGGCAGAAAUGAAUGAGUUCAAUGAAAUCACUGAGUCCAAUCACUUGUCCACUCCCACUUCUUUAAAAGGAUGAGGGAACUAACCUUGAUGUAGCUGUUUACAGGGCUCUUCUGUUAACAAUAUCCUGGCUAAACAAGCUGAAGCAACAUUGGGCCUUCCACCUUCAAACUUACUGCUUGUCAGCUACCUUGAAAAGGGGCGCAUCAUGUACUGUUGUCGUUAUAGAUUUGUUUCUAGAUAUUAUUCCUUUAUGGCAGAAUAUAAUUUUGCUACAAGAGGUGAAGACUUUGACGUUGUUGAACAGACUCAUUUAUUUACUUCAGGAUACAAAUCAGUUGUAACUAGUUGGUAAGUGUGAAGCUUGUUAGCGUAAACCAGACUGCGGUGCAAGGUCAGGAUAUCUAGUAAAGAUGGAAGAGCCAGAAGAUUCCCAAAACUUUUAGUUUAAAACUAAAACUAGAGAACAGGGGACAGAAGCUUAUUAAAAAGAUCACUGGUGAAUGACUGUAUCAAGAUUUACCGCUGUCUUGUACAGUCUGCCUGUACUUGAAGGUGAAAUAAGUGUUUUAGCAAAUGUUUUUCUGCUGCAGUAUGUUAAACUUAGUUGUUUGACAUCAGAAAACUGUGCCUGUUCAAAAGGGCUUAAUUUUUUUUUUUUUUUUUUUUUUUGGUCUGUUGUAUGUGGGAGCUUAAGCCAUCAGUUAUGUAAAACUUAAGCUUUCUUUUAGACUACAUGCUCCUUUUUUUUUUUUUUUUUUUUAAAAAAUAAUAAUAACAGCAGGUGGUUCAUUGCUCUCAAAGGCUGUAUAUUUACACUUGUUUGUCUAGUAGCGGCUUUGAGUUUUGCCCCUCAGAGUGAUUGCAGGGAGUUGCCUGGCCGAGGGGUCGUUCCAAGCUUCGUGACACUUGGCCACUAGUAUUAGUGAUGAGUUUCAGGUCGCUUGCUCAAACUGCAUCUGAUCAGCGUUUUCUAUUGCGCCACAGAUUUGUCUGAGGUUUCUUUUUAUUUUUUUAUUUUUAAUUUAAAAACAGGAACACAGUACUAAGGGAGGUUAUGGUCUCGUGUUUAGGAGUACUGAAAGACUGAGAAUCAUGCGUGUUUAACGUGCAUUGCUGGUUGAAGACUUCUCUAGGCAUUUCUCUUUAACGGUGAUUGCUGAAGAUUCAUUUUCCAACAAUAACAUUUCCUGUUUCAAAAUGAUCAGAAGGUUUCAUGCCAUACUGAGUUGUUCACAAGUCAGCUUUACAGGUUUUGCUUAUUUGAUGGUACCAUUAACAUAUCUUGUAUGUUUUUUUUAAUUACACAACAUUGCAAUACAGUGCCAUUUUGAAAUUUCUUUGCAUUGUACUUGAAAAUAAAUUGAAUUGCAGACUAUUUAAAACCGCUUUCCUGCGCUUUCAGUAGCAGUGAGAGCUUACCUUAUGUGAAGCCUUUAUGUAAAAAUAUAUUUUGUAACAACCUCAUAGAUCUUUAACAAAACCAAGAUUUGUAUUAGCUUUGUAUAAAUGUUUGUGGCUUACAAUUUUAUAUGUUUAACUUUUUAUAAACUUUCCAGGGACUACUUUUUAUUGUAAAUUUUUUUUCCUUGCUUUAGUUUAAGAUUGGCAAUAAAUUAUUUCUAAAGGAGGUUGUAGAAGGAAAAUCAUCACUUCCUUUUUAUAAAAUGGUUAAAUUGAUUUAAUAGUUUAAAGCCUCUUACAUUUGCUUGUACAUUGCUCUGUACAUACUCUGCAAAACUGUUGCCUUUCAGCUAUUAAUAUUUGCCUUAUGUACAAAAAUUACUGACGAUGAAUAAACAUAUACAGUCUCA